AUGCGUCUGAUGAAUUGAGGAUGUUGGGGAUCUAUGAAACCAGAGUGGAAAAAUGUAGGUAGAUGUAGUUCUAUCAUUCAUUCACCCCACUUUGCAGUCGGUGUUGUUGUUGCAAUGAUGAAAACCUGCAAUCAGCUGAUGGGGGUUUGCUCCCGGGUCUCGAGAAUUGCUUCUUAUACACCACUGGGCCGACGACUAACUGCAGCUUCUUUGGGGAACUCGGAUUCACAAGUUCGCUAUGCUUCCUUAUCUUCACUUUCUGAAACUCAUGAUAUGUUAAAAAAAACAUGCAGGGACUUUGCUGACUCAGAGCUUGCGCCCAACGCUGGGAAAUACGAUAAGGAUGGAAAGUUUCCAAUGGAAGUGAUAAAAAAGAUGGGGGAUCUAGGGUUGAUGGGUCUGGUUGCCCCUGAAGAAUUGGGUGUAACAGGCAUGGAUUACCUUGCUUAUGCUAUAGCCAUGGAAGAAAUCAGCCGGGGAUGUGCAACAGCUGGGGUAAUUAUGAGUGUCAAUAAUUCAUUGUACUUUGGCCCAUUGUUAGGAUUUGCCAACGAAAAGCAAAAGGAACAAUGGAUUAUUCCUUUUACUACUGGUGAACGUGUUGGAUGUUUUGCCUUAUCAGAACCAGGUAAUGGCAGUGAUGCAGGAGCAGCUUCAACAGUGGCCAAAGGAUUUGGGGAUACUUAUUUGUUGAAUGGAACUAAAGCCUGGAUAACUAAUGGAUAUGAGUCUGAAGCGACUAUAGUAUUUGCCACUACAGACAAGGCUAAGAAGCACAAAGGCAUUUCUGCUUUUGCCGUACCAAAACCUACAAAAGGAUUAUCUCUUGGAAAGAGGGAAGAUAAGUUGGGAAUUAGAGCAUCUUCAACAUGUAAUUUGAUAUUUGACGAUUGUGAGAUUCCAGCAGAGAAUAUGGUUGGUGCUCCUGGCAUGGGCUUCAAGAUUGCAAUGGUGACUCUGGAUGGAGGACGAAUUGGAAUUGCUGGUCAAGCUCUUGGAAUAGCUCAAGCAGCAAUUGAUUGUGCAAUUGAUUAUGCCAGCAAGAGAAUGGCUUUCAAUGCCCCAAUUCUGAAGAUGCAAAGUAUUCAGCAAAAGCUUGCUGACAUGGAAUUGCGUACUGAAUCUGCUCGUCUUCUAACACACAAGGCAGCAGCAUUGAAGGAUGAGGGUAAACCAUUUAGUAAGCAUGCUGCCAUGGCAAAACUUGCAGCUUCAGAAGCAGCUACCUUUUGUGCCCAUCAGUGCAUCCAGAUUUUGGGAGGCAUGGGCUAUGUAAGCGACAUGCCAGCUGAGCGAUACUACAGAGAUGCACGAAUUACAGAAAUAUAUGAGGGGACAUCAGAAAUACAACGUCUAGUAAUUGCUGGAAAUCUUAUUAAAGAAUAUCAGGUCCUUUAACAUUGUCAGUAAUUUUUCUAUGGAUUUUAUUUGGUAUGUAUUUACAGCCGAAGCCUGCUUUAUGUAGGUGAGAGAAGUUGCAAGUACCUCCUCCAGAAUAUUGUAUGCAUCAAAUUAGUCCCCUAAAUUUAGAUUAUGGAAGUCCUACAUCUAUGUGGAAUCUAUUUUCAUAUGCCAUUCUCCCUUUACCACCAUUAAAAUAUGGAUCCUUGUAAAUGCAACUUAUCAAUGCAAUUAUUUUAGUGUAAAUAAGAUUUAUAAUAAAAAUAAAAUAUUUAUAGGUUUCUUAAAAAA